GGUCAAGCAUCCGGGGCCAGGGUCGGGGCCAGGGUCGGAGCCCGGGCCCGGGCCGGGCGUGCCGGCCGGCGAGAUCCCAGGGGAGGCGGCAGGGGAGCCGCUGCAGGCGCCCUGGCUCCGCCGCGCUUUGCUUUUCUUGGAGGACAUGCCGGGAGCAGCCCCGGCCGCCGGCACCGCGUAAGCGCCUAGAAGAGCUUCCUGGGCAGAGGUUGUGCUGGCUCCGCCCUGGCCCGCCCCCGGAAUUCUCGGAGGCAGGAGCCUAGCGGAGAUUGCGAGCACGACCGGCUCUGAAGGCUGCCUGGGGCCCCAGAGGUCCGCAGCCCAUAAUCCUGGCGUCGGCCUGAAUGUCGGGAACUCAGAGCCGGAAUUCAGACCCAAAGGGCGCUGGGCGCCGCCUCCUCCCCUACUCCAGCGCCUGGCUUCCGAGAGCAGCAGGGGGAGAGCUGGCCUGCGGCGGCGCUGUGCUGCGCUGCUAUUCGGAAGCCUACGGCAGUCCCCUACCUCCCGUGGCGCGGCAGGAGGCGGGGCUGAAAGCGGGCGCUAUGUGGCGAGGACUGCAAGUACGGGAGCAGUCCCUGUUGCCGCUACUGCUGCCAGGGCUGCGGAGCCGGGGGCCGCGGCUGCAGUGCCAGGCGGCCAUCCGUGCGCUGACCGGUGGCCCUGGCCCCGGCCCCGGCGGCCUGCGAGGCGAGCUCGACCGCUUCGGGGGCAUCACAGUGCGCUUGGGCCAGCUCCGGUCCGCGGACAGCGUGGACCCGGCCACCUUCUGGACGUGGCUCCAGGCCUCGAUCCAGCAGUGGAGAGCAGAGGGCAGAAUAGCCGUCUGGCUGCAUGUUCCCAUCUUCCAAAGUCAGUUUAUAAGUCCAGCAGCCUCUCUGGGCCUCCGUUUUCACCAUGCAGAAUCCGAUGCAUCCUUGAUGACUCUGUGGCUUGGGGAAGGGCCCAGCCGCUUGCCAGGAUAUGCCACCCAUCAAGUAGGAGUUGCAGGUGCUGUAUUUGAUGAAGACACUGGAAAAAUACUGGUUGUACAAGAUCGAAAUAAAACGAAAAACGCGUGGAAGUUUCCAGGAGGCUUGUCUGAGCCUGGAGAGGACAUUGGAGACACGGCUACGCGCGAGGUUCUGGAGGAGACCGGCAUCACGUCGGAAUUCCAAGCCCUGCUGAGCAUCAGGCAGCAGCACGGGCGUCCGGACGCCUUUGGGAAGUCCGACCUGUACAUCGUCUGCCGCCUGAAGCCGCUCUCCUUCCGCGUCUCCUUCUGCCCGCACGAGUGCCUGCGCUGCGAGUGGAUGGCCCUCGCGGCCCUGGCGACGGCCGAAGAAGCGACCCCCAUCACCCGCAGAGUGGCCAGCCUGCUGCUCUAUGGCCACAGGGAAGGCUUGGACAAGGUCGACCUGACCGUGCGGGAGCUCCCCGCUCUCCACAGGGGCCUGUCCUACAAACUCUAUCACAGGGACUUGCCAGAGCUCUACGAAAAGAUGUCGGCAAUGGACUAAAAUUCACAUUUACGUCCUUUAAUAAUUUAAAUAGAAUUUUUCGGGGUCACGUGAACGAGGAACAGCCUUUGGGAGUGGUCGGUGGGCCUGUCUUAUAAGAAUAAAUGUGUUUAAAAACGUGCAUAGCUUUCAGAGUCCCUUUUACGAAGGUAAGCAGAGCAAGAAAAGAGGGGUCCCAGGAAGGCUCCUCAUCCAUCAUUCCCACAGUCUUUGGGGGGUGCUGGGGGCUAUCACCCCAGGUAAAUACAAGGUUACAGUUUGGCCAGAGAUCCCCACCUGGGCCAACACGCCCACGUUUCUAUCCUUCUCUUCCAUCUUUUCCCUCCACUUGGUAUGGAAGAAGGCACCGAGGGCCCCGUGCCAGUCAGCUCUUAGCAGACAUGGGGAGGAAAAGGAUGGCUUUCUGCCCCGGGCCAGUCUUGGAUCCAAGCUUGUACUGCCCCGUUCGUUUCAGUGCCACGUACCAAUUGGAAUAUUUCCUCGAGCGAUAAGUGUUGUAGUUGUUGGACUCCAAGCGUUCGAAAAAGAAACACUCUUCGGUCACAUAUUUCUGAAAAAAACAAAAUAAUAAAAUGAUGACUAUUUUAUCACAA